UGUCUUCCUCCCUGUUAGAAUAACUGCGAUGUAAACAAAUAAGCGGCUUCAAACACCAGACGUCGCCAAGUUGAGAAAAAUGGAAAUGGAAGAGAAGACUGAGAACAUCUUUGAACUCAAGGAUGCGAGAUCUGUUCAAGACCCCAUCCAUGAAUAUGGACCAAAUUACAAAGGAGUUCCAUUGAUCAUUGAUAAUGGAUCAUAUAAUUGUCGUGUAGGAUGGGCCAUAGACCAAGAGCCAAGAGUAGUCUUCCGUAAUUGCUAUGCAAAACACAGGAAAGAUAGGGGGAAAAAUUGGCAGCGGAGAUUGAGGUGUUGGUGGCUAAUGACAUAAGUAACAUUGAAGCUGUGCGGUUCCAACUAAAAUCACCCCAUGAUGAGAAUAUUGUCACUCAUUAUGAGGCACAAGAGACGAUGUUUGACUACACAUUCUCACACUUAGGCAUCGACACAACGCAAGUGGAUCACCCAAUCGUGUUGACUGAAGCCUUUUGCAAUCCCAAUUACUCAAGACAGUUGAUGUCGGAGGUUGCUUGUUUGAUGCUUAUGGUGUUGGCCAAGCAUAU